CCAUCUGUAAACAUGGCGUCUGACUGUCGUUGGCAAUGUGUAGCGCUCCUCUUUUGUACUUGUUUGCUUUAUUCUUUGGCGACUGACAGUAAGGAGAAGCCCAAGAAAAAGAAGGACAUAAGAGACUACAAUGAUGCCGAUAUGGCUCGUCUUCUUGAACAGUGGGAGAAGGAUGAUGACAUUGAGGAAGGUGAUCUUCCAGAGCACAGGAGAGCUCCUCCUCCCGUCGACUUCUCCAAGAUUGACCAGUCCAAACCUGAAGAUCUGCUCAAAAUGUCCAAGAAGGGCCGCACCCUGAUGGUUUUUGCUACAGUGUCGGGGGAACCCACUGAGAAGCAGACAGAGGAGAUCACAAGUCUGUGGCAGGGCAGCCUCUUCAAUGCAAACUAUGACAUUCAAAGAUUUGUGGUGGGCUCCAACAGGGUGAUCUUUAUGUUGCGAGAUGGCAGCCUAGCAUGGGAAGUCAAAGAUUUCCUGCUGACCCAGGAGCGUUGCUUGGACGUAACUGUCGAAGGGCAGGUGUUCCCCGGCAAGGCUGCCAAGAAGGACGACAGCGAGUACAAGCAGGAGAAUGACGCGAACGCCAAGAAGAAGAGCAGAAAGAAGACGGAGAGCAAGAAGGUAGAUUUGGAAGGGAACAGAGCCAGGAAACAGGACUUAUGAUGGAGUAACAAAGAGUUGUCUCUUGAUUUGUCUGAGAGGCUGCAGGACCACAUGAGCAGGUUGCGGUCAUUUAGCAAGGAACUAAUAAAUCAUCUUGACUGCCGAGCACUUCCAUUGGUGUAUUGUUGAUCGUCAUCUAUGCUUUUACAAAUACCGUUUUUUCUGUGUGAUUUAAGUCCCAACGGUAGUCACGAAAAGCAGUCUUAUGAGUUGGGAAUGAAGUUUCCCUUCACAUACGUGCAAGCAUGUCAUUUAGUUGACCUCCAGCUCCUGUUCUGUCAAGGACUUUUUGCUCCUGUCCAACUGCACUUCAAGUUGUGUUUAAAAAAAUUAGCUAGCUUGCUUCUUUCUUCUUGAUUUUUACUCAACAUAAAAUGUAUUUUUUUUUUUUUUUUUUUUUUUUUUUUUAUACAAAAGAUUGUUGUUCAUUUUCCAUGACUUACACAUGACAAGUCUUGAAUUUCAGUAGUUGCAGGAGUCAGUUUUGGAGUCAGCAGCCCGUUGCAACAGAGUAUAAUGUGCAGAGCAUUGAAUUGAUAUCCUGGUUAGUGAACUGAUGAAGCCUACUGUCCUCCAAGAAUAACCUAACAGACCAGUUGCCGUUGAUUGAAUGUCCUGAGAAUGAAAUGAUCUGGAUUCUGGACCUGAAUUCAUUUGAUUUACAGGCACCUUUCAAGCCACUCAAGGUACAAGCAUAGUUAAAAGAAAUCAAACAAUACAAUCAAAAUAUGCUUUUUGUUUGUGGGGGGGUCCAAAUUGUGCUGUCGGGGAGUGUUGAUGCUAUCGGACCUGCAAUGCACACUGUGAUCGUGAGAUUACCAUUUCAGCAAUCCAGCACCCUCAUGCUGGUCGCUGGAGACUGAAUUGAGGCAUGUUUUUCUCAUUUACUACCAACUUCACACCAGGGGUUACCAGUAUGGUGCCAACAUACAGCCGGUAGGUUCAAAGGACCACAUGAGUUGACAGGGGCCCUAGGGCGUUCUCACCGUUGACGUAUUUAAUUUUUGUCUUGCUAAUUUAGCUAUUUCCCAGCAAAACUGUAUAAAGGAAAAAUAAAUAAAAUCUGGACACUCUUUGAA